AUGAAGGCCAUGUUUGUCGUCGCCGCCCUCGCGGUCCUCUUCGCUGUCGCCAACGCCGGAUUCUUCGGCGGCUACGGCGGCUAUGGUGGUUACGGCCACGGCUAUGGUGGCUACGGCCACGGCCUUGGUUAUGGCCUCGGCGGUGGAUACGGCCACGGCCUUGGUCACAGCUAUGGUGUUGUACUCAAGGGCGGUUACGGCCUCGGACAUUAUGGUGGUGGCUACGGUGGUGGCUACGGUGGCGGCUACGGUGGCGGCUACGGUGGCGGCUACGGUGGCGGCUACGGUGGCGGCUACGGUUAUGGAGGUUACGGCCAUGGCUGGUGGUAA